AGAAUAAUUAUCAAAAACAAGACACAUGAGAGCUAAUUGUAACUGAAAUUAUCCUUCGCUUUUGCCAAUAAACGAAAGGUUUGUAUUGAGAACUAAAAACUGCCGUGAAUUCUUUUAGCUAACUUUUUAUCCACAGGUCUUUCGCUCGCAGUGACUCGGAUCUGUCUGCAGAAAGCCACGCUGGCUCGUUACUCCUCGCCGCCAUCUUGGGACUAUUGGCAUCACUUUUCUCUCAGCGUGCACUUUACGUGGAAAUAGCAUCCUUGUCCUCGUGUCGAAAGAGAUGAACAUUCCGAACCUUGUUUUUGGGUUGCAUUUUACCUCAUUAGAUCGUUUUACUGAACAUUUAUCCUCGUAUCAAUUUCAGGUCACUGUUGUAGUUGGUCGAUCGAAGGAUUUGUAGGUCGCUCCCGAUCUUCAGUUCCAAGUUUAUCGGCGGACAGUUUCCUUAUUCAGAAGCUAACAAAAUGGACAUUAGGCGGGAAGACACCGCUGAAAGGUUCUGAACUUUAUGUCUAACAUAAUUCAGUGUUGUGCAAUGUGGUUUGUUUUGUAUCCAUGCAGUAUUCAUGUACUGUAGUUUGCUGCAUAUGAAAUGGUGACUAUUACGUUGAAAGAGUAAAGAUUUCAUCAGCAUCUUUUUGUACUAUUCAUGGAUAUUCGUGCAUCAAAAAUGGGAAUUGCAUUUUGUGGAUUUGGCAUCAGAAAUCACAAUUGAGUUUGUGAAACCUUACAACCUAACAGCUUGACCUCUGACCUUUCACUGCUUCAUGAUCCCAAGGCAUGGUUGCUGGGAUUCCAUUGGUUUGCAGCAAACAAAUUUGUAAGAAUAUUCCAUUAGGGUUCAUCAGGGACUUAUUGUAGAGGUCACAAGGUCAUAAAGUCAAAGGUUGUUUUGAUAUCGCAAGGUGAGUAAGGUCAGUGAACUGUGUUUCUUCAGUCUAAACUCGCUUUUUCCAUCCUUGGUUUAAAAUACUGAUGUAGGAUGACAGAUGAACCUAGUGAUCUGAGGAGAAGUUCAGACUACAGAAGUAAUGGCCGCAAUAAGGAUUCCAGAGAACGUGACCUUGAACGUGACAUUGGACGCGAGCUGAGCCGCUUUAGGGACAUCAGAACAGACAGAGAUGAGCGUCGCAGAAGUCCAGAUACAAGGCGUGGUGAUGCAGCUGAUCCUUUUGGGCGUGACAGAGAUUAUUAUAAAGAAAGAAACAGGGAUAAUGACCAUGAUAAAGAGAGAAUUAGUAGAGAUCGUGAUCGAGAUAGAUAUCGGUCUCAUGACAGAGAUCGCUACGAUCGUGACAGCCGCAAUAACCAAGAUUGGGGCAGAGACCGUUAUGAUCAUGAUCGGCAAGAUCGCCUUGGUGACUUUGAUGGUGGUAAAGAUUAUGGAAGACUUAGAGAGCGAGACCUUGACAGGGAUCGUGACCGCGAUCGUGACCGUGAUCGUGAUAGAGGCUAUGAUAGAGAUCGCGACUGGGAUUACGAUAACAGAGACAGAACAGGAUACAGCAGCAGAGACUGGAAGAGGAAUGAUGGAUAUCACAGUGAUGAAGUUGUACACUUGUUCCUUAUCUUGUGAAAUGAUUUACAUCCUGUUAUUGAUAAAAUAUGAUGGAAAUUUGUAAGCUUGUCAAAAGUUAAAUUUUUUUCCCCACAUAAUUCAAAUAUCACUAUGAGCAAUGUUUUCAAAUGUGGGACACUAUACAAAUAUUAUAUGCAUGUAAGUGGUACAGAUCCUACAAAUUGAAUCUGGAUCAGUAAUCUAAAUUAUCACAAAACUUUGCAGAGUGGAAUGAGUUAAUUUUUUUAAUCAUCUUUUUAAGUGUAUUUCAUUGACUACCUGACACAGCGAUUAAUUGUUUUCAAGAGUUUACUUAUUUCAAAACUCAGGAAGUUAUCUAUCAUUGAAGACUUCAAAACAAGAAUAUGAACAAGAAUCUUUUGGAUCAGUUUCAUCUCCAACACAAGCAGUGUUUGUGUUUCUGUACACAGCUAAAUAAUCUUUGUUAUCAAUGACCUUGAAUUUAGCAUGAUCGCAGUGACCGUGAUAGAGAUUAUGGGGACAGGGAGUCUUCACGCAGUAGAUACCACUCUCGUGACAGGGAUGGAGAUGACAGAAGACUUCAGGACAGCAGGCAGGAAGAACCAACAAGUGUUAUUAUUCUACAUGGGCUUGAUAAGGACUUCAGAGAGGAAGAUGUAAGUACUUACUGUCAGUUUCAUGCUCAACUGUAUCAGAAAUGAGUUAAGCAAACAAACAAGCACCAGUCACAGCUGUGGAGUUCCGUCCAAUCAUAGCUGAGCACUUCAGCAUAUAGGUGACUCGUAGUAAAUCAACCUCAUCACCUGAAGAAGACUAGCAGUAUGCAAUGGAAAUGUUGUGAUCUACAUCCUAUAGCGACCACAUUGUGAGACAAAUGAUUACAUUUCUCUUUUUAAAGUGUUAUUUAUAGCAGUGACCAACCAAUUUUACAAUAUAAAAAAACCAAGUUUACUAGCUGAGCCAGUGACCUUAAGGUUAAGAUUGGGCCAUUGCCUCAUAACUGCAAAAGUUAUUUAAAUUUCUUAGGAAUGAAGAGAGUUGUAUUAUAAGUAAAUCUGAUUCUUUACCUCUAGAUGGUAGAUGAGUUACAAAGGGAUGGUACUGACUUCUUAGAUCUGAGAGUGGUUCGCCAUAGAAGUGGUAAGGACUUUGAUCUGUUGUAUUUACAUGUGUAUUGGCUGUUUUUCUUUGGAACAAGGUCAAUAUCCAGCUUUAGUAUGUGGCAAGAUAGUCCUAAUGUAAAUCUGGGUGUUCUGAUUAAUUCCUACUUGGUCAGGAUUUUGCUAUGUGGAUCAUUUCCAUGGAAAUGCUCAUAAGCCAUACAUUUGUUUUCAAAAGCCAGCUAAUUCAAAGCAAACAAGUUAUGUUGUAGUGCAGUACAAUAAACUACUUGAUAUUAACCUCAAAUUUCUUAAAAUGUUAUAUCACAUUUAUUACAGGUAUUUCCAAGGGGUUUGGUUUUUUAGAGUUUAAAAGUGUCUCUGAUGCGCAGGACUGGAUGGAACUUCACAAGGUAUGUCAAGCAAAAUAUUUGUACAUAUCUAUUUUUGCAAAUGUACACAACUGUAUAUUGGUUUUCAUUGGUGCAGAAAACACUGUAACAAGCACUAGGAAAAAUUGUCAGAAGAGCUUGUCAGAGAGGAGGGCUUAAGGGAGAGGUGCACAUCAUUUGGAAAGGAGCUUAUUCAAGAAUGAAGUGGGGGAAUUAAUAGAAAUUUCUGAUUUUUUGUGAUAGUGUGGUUAUUUUAAAUUUCUUUUCACUGUCAGGAUGGUGUUUGAUUUGCUUAAAUUAGAGAGGAAUGUUAUACUAAUGCUAUGGGAAGAGGGAUUUUUUAACCUCAUAAAAACAGGUUUAUUUGAGGCCAGCAGUGUUCUUAUUAUGAGCUUGUUGAAUCAAUUUUUUUAGCAGUGUAGUUUGAAUAAUUAAUUUCAAUGAUAAGUGAGUUGUGUAAUAAAUAUUAAAAUUUUUAUUUGGGUAUUCGGUUAGGGAAGGUAUAAUGUACGUGGACACAGAGUCUGUGCUGAUUACAGCAGACCUAAAACUGCCUCAGUUGUAGCAGAUAAGGACUGGAUUUGUAGUAAGGUGAGAUUUAAUACUGUCUAGCUUCCCAGUAGCUGAUGCUGUAAAAUAUAAAGCAAAAGAUAAAAUAUCUCCUUCAUAUGCUGUUGGCCAAGGCGGUUUUAUAAAAAGAAAUUCAAUGAGCCCUGCCUAAUAGGCAUGUGUCAGUUGCUUAAAGUCUAGAUAAUGCUAUUCAAUGGAUGUAUCAGGUGGAUAGCACAGUACAAUGGUUUCAAUUACCCUUCCCUGCUUGACAGUGAGCUUUCUAUAGGAUAGUGUUAUCUGUCCUUUGAAAAAUUGGGCUUAGAUGUUUUGGGUUGAAGCAUCAGCUCUAUGCUCUUAAAAGAAUGGUCAUCUCUUUCCAUGCUUGCCUAAAAUGAAACAGGUCAGCAAAUUAUUAGAAAUGUGUAAAAUAUAGUGUUGGUUUGGAUGUACAUGGUGUCUCAUAAAGAUGGUUGUUGAAUAUACAUGCAAUGUGAUAUUAAAGUAAAUACCUAAAAAAGCUCUGAGAUCCUGUCUUAAUCAUUUUUGUGUUGUUCAAACAGUGUGGUGGUCAGAAUUUUUCCUCAAAGAGGCGUCUGUCGUGCUUUAAGUGUGGAGCACCUAAAGAGAGUAGUAUUGCUGGUUAGUGACAAGUCUUAUCUGCUACAUAUGUAUCCUAAAGUAUGCAUUAGUGGUCUUUUACCCUUAACUCCCAGAAGUGAUCAAGAUGUAACUUCUUUAUAAAUUAUCCAUACAUUACCUCACAAACAGGUAAUGAGAAAACUCAAACCUUAUUAUGUAGAAGUUUUUAUCUUGAUCUUUUACCAAAUUCUUACAACUAAUUUACAAGGAAAUGUGUAGGAGCCAGUAGGAAGAGUUAUCAAUCAGAUCUUGGGAGUUAAAGCAUCACUGUGUGUCAAGCCCCUUCAGACAUCUUAACUCGGAGAAGUAGCUGUCCUAAGUAUUCUUUAGGCUCCUUCUGGAAAAAUAAGAAAUGUUGUAUUAACCAACUCUGUUUAUGCUGUCAUCUCUGUUGCAUUUCACCUGUUGUUUGUCCAAUUAAUGUUCUCGUUUGCUAAGCUCUUUUACACCACACUCUGCAUGUACUUUUUUAUAACAAUAAUUAGUUUGUGAAGUUUGUCAGAGGUCAAAAAUAGGCAGGGAAAGAUACCUUACACUUGUUUUUUUACUCUUAUUUAGAUUUAGGGGAUGAUAAGGAAAUUUCAAAUAAUCCAUGUAAAGGUAAAAUUUUUGAAUUUUUUUCCAUUUCAAUCUAACUUGCAACAACUUCAACUUGAGAGUCUUCAUGGAGUUAAGUGUUUUGUUUCUGCCAUUGUAACAAAAUUUUCUCGUUGGUAGACAAAUAAAAUCAAACAAAAUUUUAGAUAAGAUAUAUACAUGUGUGAGUUACCACUGAAAAGGUAUGUAGCACUUAGCAUUGAAUUUAUAGGUCUGGGCUAAAAUAAUGACAUAAUUUUUUUGUUUCUGUGUUAUUUCAGUGCUGAUUCUAAGGGGCUUGGAUACAAUUACUAAUGAUGAAGCGGUAAGAUUUGCUUACGACACUAGUGUGAAAUCAACACGAUUGUGAUUAUCGUCAUUAUCUUUCCUUGUAGCAUCAAGCAAAGCAUAAGGCCCCUCACUCCAUAGUUUUUUAAAUUUGAUAAUCAUGAGUUGAUGUGUCUGUCUUCUUGUUGUACUAGAGUCCAAAGUUAUUGUAUGUGACAAAUUACUUUCAGACACAAAUAGUGAAAUUAAAUAAUUGCUUCAUUCAUUAUCUAUGGUGUGUUAUUGACUUUCAGAUACGAAAAGCCCUUGUGGAGAUCACAGCUCUUCCUGUAUAUGAUGUGCGUCUCAUUAGAGAUAAAUUAACUAACACAUCAAGAGGAUUCUGUUUUGUUGAGCUUGGUUCAGUUGAGGUACAUAUGACAACAUGUAACAUAUUAUCUACUUUGGAUAUGCAACUACCAUACUUUUUAAAUCAAGCAAAUGAGAAAAUUCUGAUCCUGCUUUUUGUGGCUAUUGCCACAAGGCAAUAAUUAUCAAUCAUCUGGCGUUGAUGUAAAACCAAUUCCUUGAAGUGAUAUAUAAUGGAUGUGAUUGGCAUGUCAUGAAUACCUAUUGGAAAUUUUUAUCUUUGAAGUGAAUCAGCCACUCAGGGUUCGACACCUGGCUACCUGCAUUACUAGCCACCGGGUUGGUGAUUUCUAAAAUUUACUAGCCCAGAUGCUUAUCCACUACCUGUUAACCCUCCUCUCCUCUCCUCUCCCCUCCCCCAAACAUUUUGUCUGGUUUUCUGACUGUUAACCAGCUCCUGUUUAUACUCCUGGUUAGGGAGGAGUGCUGAAAGAAAAGUAUCUUUGUCAAGAAGAAAAUAAAAAAAUCCCAAACCCUUUGAGAUCUUGAGUUCACUAAACCUGCCAGCACAUGCCUCCUGCAACUUACUUUAGCUAUAUCUUGAAUGUAUUUUAAGUUUGUAGGUGUGAUGAGGUGCCAACCCUGACACAGAUUUGUAAUAAACUGCAUGAUUAAGAUUAAUUUAGUGACAUGAGACAUAUCAUUCUUCUUUGUCCAGGAAGCAAGUCAGUUACUGGAAAUCAUCACUAACAUGCACCCCCCUUUUACUAUUGAUGGUAGAAUUGUUACGGCAUCUUAUGCCCAUCAUGAUAAUCCUCCAAAAAAUACUAUGUAAGUGGAAUUUUUUUGGUUGGUUCUACUCAUAGAGUGAGAGGAAGCAAGUUGGAUAAAUGAGAUUUUUGUGUAGUAUAAACUUCUAAGAGAUGUUGAGGACAUAUUUGCACUUUUUUUCUGCCUUCAGCAGUGCUUCAGUAGCAUCAGCAGCCAUUGAACAGGCACAGUGGUCACAGACAGCCAUCGGAUCUCAGCCUCAGGUUUCCUCUAGUACUGUUGCUGCUAAUGCCAUGGCUCAAGCACAGGCUGCCGGCAACAUGGGUACAGUGACAGCUGCCAGCCAAGCUGCUACCUUGCCAACUUAUGAUGCAAAGGCUACAACCCAGCAGCAGCAAGUAAGGCUCUGACAUCACUUUUACCUCAUCAAAAAAUUAAGAUAAAUUGAUUUUCUUCUUAGAUUACAUGUAUAUGAAGAGUUACACGAUAGAUGCUACUGGAUUUUAGCAAUUACACAUCUACAGUAAAGCUGUAUAGAAAUAGAGAAAGAUGUUUUUUUUGUAAAAGCAUCUUUUUCUAUUUCUUUUCCAAGCUUAAAACUUACCAUCUCUCCUGUUCUAUUUACCAAAAAAACCUUUCUUUGUUUUUAAUUCUUUUGCAGUACCAACAACAGCCUAUCACAGGUAUGGCUACCUUUGUGUGCCUUUUUAUGAUGAAAUAUGCAACAAUGAUUCACAGUGAUGAUCGUCCUAAUUUUUAUGGGUUGGGACAUCAGUGAAAGUUUUUUCGCGGUGAUGAAUUUUUGUAAUUUGUGUAUUUUUUAAUCGCUUUAGGUACAGGGACAACAACUGAUAAAGUCCAAGGUAAAUUAUUUUCCAGUGAUUGUAAUUUUGAAACUUUAAAUGAUAUGAAUUUGCUAAUUUUGUUUUACUCUUGCAUGAGUUUUAAAGUAGUACGUGUAGUUACUGUACCUAGAACUGAAUGGCACUCAUAAUGUUUAUUAAGGCUUCACAACAAGUUUUUUGAUCUUGUUCUUCUUUGGCUCUAAGAAUUCCACAACAAAAUUUUGAUUGGAACAAUUAUCUUUUUAAAAGAAUCUUGAAAUAUGCUUUGGAUGUACCCAUUGUACAUGUUAAGUGUAAUAUUUAUCUUUGCCUCUGAAAUUUUACUGUGUUUAGCUUUGAUUUGACAACCCUUGUCUUUAGGUGGCAAUGCACAGAACCAGAAACAAACUCAACCCCAAGCUCAGGUGGAUUCAAUGCAGUCACAGCAGUCACAGGCAUUGGCUUCAUCACCAUCGUUUGCAAACUAUGUUUAUGACCCAUCCUCUGGUUAUUAUUAUAAUUCAACAACAGGGUUGUAUUAUGAUGCAAAUACUCAGGUAUUACUUUGGAAUAAGUAUUGAAUUUUAUUAAAAAUAACUUGGUUAUUGAUAGAUUGACAUCAAUUAUGCCAUUCUCCUUACCUUUUGUGGCCAUAAUGGAGUGGGUUUUGUUAACUUUUUAAGACUCGAGAUCAUAUCAGUAUUUCUCCCUACUGACUACUCUACAGUUCCUUGUAAAUUAGGUAGGGGAAUUCAGUGUUGCAUUGACAUGACAUCCUGUGGAUGAUAAACUAGUCUCUUUUUGUAACCUUUACGCAAGAUAACAUUGGAAUUGCAAGGGGAAGUUUCAAGUUAAUCACUUCUGGGGGUUAAAGGUUUCCACACUGAGGCAGGAAAACCAAAUAAAAAAUAUCAUUUUCAAAUAUGAGGCCUGAUGGAAGAGUUAUAAGUUUCUUGCAGGUCACAGCAAUUUUGAAAUAGCUUGUGAUACAUGUCCAUGAAUGUCAGAAAAAUGAUUAAAAUGAGUCAGCUACUUGUCUCCUUUCUUAUUGUUGUUUCCCCAGUAUUAUUACAACAGUGCUACUGGACAGUAUCUGUAUUGGAAUGCUGAAACAAAGCAAUAUGUCCCAGUAGCUGCUGAUGGGUAAGUUCAGUCACUGCAAGUUGUAAAUAUACCAGAAGUUGAUGCUUUUAAGUAUAAAUUAUUUAGCCCUUUUGUAUGGUACUACAUGAGUGGAAUAUUCUGCUGGGAAGCCUGAAGUUUUAUCAAAUUUUAGAAAGGACUUGAGCGUCUUUAAAACUUAGUCUCUUUGCUAGUUUUACUGAAUAUUUUAUUGUAUGUAAAUGCUACAUGGGUGGAACAGUCUGCUGGAGAAUGGACUUGAGCAUGUUUUUAACCUCAUCUCUUAGCUAGUUUUACUGAAUGUGUUAUUGUGUGCAGAUAACAUCAUUGGGCCAACCUUUGUCUCUUCUUUUUCAAGAUGUACUUUAUUUUUUCAUUUUAUCUUGAAUAAAAAAUUGUUGUGUUACGUUAUAGGUGACCUAGAGCUGCUUCACAUUGUAGGCAUGUCCUAUCUGCAUGUGUUGAAUUUGUGUUAGCUCAGUUUGUCUGAAGAAUCUUUCCUAAUAAUUCUUUUCUUUUCUGUCACAAUGAUGACCAUUUUAGGACCAUUGCAGCAUCAGGCUCAGGUGCUACUGAAACCCUCACCAGCAGUGAAGCAGCAUCAGUCAAAGGUGUGACUUCUAAUAAGCUUUCAUUAUUUGUGUUGCUUUUCAUGUUUGCUGGAUCAAAGUGCAGAUGCAAACUGGUGUUAUCUUAGAUCAGUAAAGUAAAUUGUAUAUAAUGUUGCCCAGGAAUUGGUAUUUUGCAUCUGGGUAAUAAAAUCCAGGGCAUCAUUAAAUUUGCAAACAUCAAAUGGUGGUGUGGCUCACAGUUGUAACUCAUGUGGUAUCCUCAAAUGGGUGCAAUUUAUCUAGACAUAUCUUCCCAAGGCAUCCAGACUGAAACGAACUUCACCUAGCCAGGGUGAUUCAAAGCUCUUGCAUGGAGUCGAGGUUGAUAGAUACUAGUAAGAGAUCCAGUUUGUCUAAGAGGGUAUUGAAAAGCUGAAUUUGUCUGCUUUUGGAUUGAUAAGUGCAGGAAAUCAUAAAACCUGCUACAUAAAUAGUAUGCAUUCUCUGUUUGCUGGAUAAAAAUACAGAUGUAAAUAAAAGCCUUGUUUUGGGGUGAUUUUAGCCAGGGUUGAGGUCACAUGGUUUCUAUGAUGUAAAAAAAAUUCCACUUAUGACUUUUCAACUCCUUCAUGAUAGAAUUUUAAAGAAUAUAUGUAACAAAAUGAGUAAUUUUGGCUGUUUUUCCAAUUGCAGAAAAGCAGAAAAAAGCAAAGUCAUUGCAAGCUAAAAAGGUCUGUGUCAACUUAUUUAUAACUUAACCCUUUAAUUCCGAAGAUCUCAUUAGUAAUUCUCCUUACUGUCUGCCAAAUGAUUCUCAUCAUGUAAGUUUGGAGAAUUUGGUAACGGGUCCAUUAGUAAUCUCAUAAUUGAUAUUUUUCUUUAUUCUCAUCACUUGUCUGAAUGAUUAUAUAAAGCCAUAGUUAGGAGAAGGUUAGUUAGCCAUAGUUGGGAGUUAAAAAGUUAGCCUCUUACACUGAUAUUUUCUAUAGCUUUCCUUCCACAAUGACAAAAAGAAUAUGUUUAAUGACCAAGAACCUCUUAAGCUGGUGAUCAUUCUCUCUCUUCUCAUGACCUAAGUCUGAUUCAGUGGCAAUAAUGUAGGGAGAAUUUAGAAGAUAGUCACCCCCAGUGAUUAAAGGGUUAAGACUAUUAAGGAUGUUGACCUCGUCCAGUUUAUUGUUUUGGUAAUAUGAUUCCACCGAGGGUAUUGUUUACUCAAGAAUAUACUUUCUCUUCUUGUAAGUUGAUCACAAAAGUCUCUGAUUUUCUUGUAGUACCCUAGUAAUUUAUUUUCUCUUCAAAUUCUUUGUGUCUAAGAUUGCAAAGGACAUGGAGAGAUGGGCAAAGUCUGUGAAUGCAGCUAAGACCCAAGUUGAUGAUUCCAAGAAAGGAUCUUUUAUUCCUGUGUCAAAACCAGAGGAAGCAAAACCUGACACAGAUGUGUUUAAAAUGGUAAGAUAACCCCCAAAGAGAAAAAACUCUAGGAAACAGUAAAUAGUGGCAGGUGCAAUAGGCAGGAUUAUUCAGACUCUUGGUGACAAAAUGAGGCAGAGUUUUGGGCAUUUUCAAACUUUCUUAUUGCAAUUACUUCACUCAAAUUUUGUGAAAUCAGUGGUUUUUAAUAACUUUGAUAUUUAACAUGCAGCACUAUUGAUUAAGCUAUUUAAGUUGGAUGUGACUUUUAUACUUUAACAUCAGAGUGUGUGUUAUCCAUUCUGCUUACUAUACAUUUCCUAAAUUAGCAACUAAGAGAAUUUGUUUGACAAUCAAGAGCUUUGUUAGUUGGUGAUCAUUUCCUUUACUCUCAUGACCUUAAAGUGUGAUUCAGGGGUGAUAUUGGAAGGAGAAAUUGGAUGAUAAUCACUCCCAAGAUCUCAUUAGUAAUUCCUCUUACCAUCUGCUAUACAACUCUUCUGAUGUUGCUUCUGAGAAUUUGGUAUUGGAUCAACUACUAAUCCCCUAACUGAUACUUUUCUUGGUUCUCAUCACUUGUCUUCUUGAUUUCGUAUUGAUAUUGUAAGGAGAAAUUCUCUCUUGGUCACUCAUGGGAGUUUAAGGGUAAAAGGGAUCAAAGAGAUAAAGUUAGUGGUUAAAAUUUUUGAGCAGUGUAGUUUAAUGAAACGGCUCGUUGUGCUCUUAAAGGUGGCUCUAACUCACAACGUGUUAAUAACAUGGUUUUGUUUACUUAUUCCAGCCAUUUGGACCUCCCCCAAGAUUUCAACAUCACUGAACAUAGCUAAGAGCAUUGCGGCUGGAAUGCCAGCAGAAGUGAAUGAUAAUGUGGCAGCGUCCAGUCCUCUGGCGGCCUUGAGCAUGGUUCAAGCUACUAAGACAGCAGGUAUUAAAACAGGUUUGUGCUUCUGUAUGGAAUGGUAAACCAAGAUAAUUUGGUUGUAUCAAAUGAGUUGAUAAUGUUGUUUGGCCGCCUUAAAUAGUUUCUAAAGCUGACGAUUCAAACGUUAGCCCUUCGUUAGGGCGAAUAGAGAGGAAAAGUGGGUUGUGGUUUUUUCAAGUGCGGGAAGAUGGAGCCACGCUGUUGGUGGGAAAAUGGUAACAUGAAAAACACAAGUCUCAAAAAUUAGUUGAAUAAAAAGCAUUCGUUGAUACACUCGAAUGCUAAACACAGUUUUGUAUUGUUAUGUUAGCAAUGUUUCUAGUUCAAGUGAGCUUGCAGAAACAAGGUUUUCGUAGGUCUGACGCAUUUGAUGCUGAUUUCUGUAACAUGAAGAGCUCACCCAUCCAAGUCGAGUAUCAAAAUAAUGUUUGUCAGUUUGUUGUUAUUAAUGUAAUGUUUUUACACUCUCCUGUUUGUGUUUUUGUAUUUCUCAGAGCCAUCAAAAAGUGCCAUAGUUGCGGAAUAUGGCGAGGAUGACUCCGAUCCAGAAGACGAUAUCAAUGAUAAAUUUACAGACUUGAGUAUCAUGGCGUGUUUGCUUUGCAAACGACAGUUCCCGAACAAAGAAGCUCUGGAAAGACAUCAAAAAUUUUCUGACUUGCACAAGGUAAUCGUUUAAUGGAGCAUUUUUCCCUUUGAACCCAUUUAGUCCCAAGAUCUGAUUGUAAAUUCUCCCCUCAAGCUGGUGUUAGAUCUAGAUAACAACUUCUACCUGAUAAGUUUGAGUAUUCUCAUGCCCUGUUGGCUGGAUAAUAUAUGGAUUUUAUCGAGAGAAGUUGUACUCCAAUCACUUGUUGAAUUUAAAGGGUUAAUAGUGUAUAGUGUUAAUAGUGUCGGAAUACAACUGAAUUGUGGAUGUACCUCUUGUUGGCAAACCUUUAGCGUGAAAAGGUUUGUCGAAGGAAUUGAAAAUAGUGACAUGAAAGUGAAUUCUUGUCAUGAGAAUAAUCCUGUGUGAUAGAAGAGUAAUGAUGAUCAGAUUACCACAAUAUUCAAAGUUACGUAGUCAACCACAGCAAGCUUUCCUGUGGGUGAAUUUGGAUGAGGAAGAAGAGAGAACCGGUCUCUAUAUUCCUAAUUCUACCACAACCAAAAGUUCAGCUCACAGGUCUAGCCGCCUCGCGUUAUCCAAACUAUUAAUGAAGGGCUUCACGAUGUCAGAUAAAAUUUCAGCGAGUGGUUACACUUGUUAUGGGGCAUUAAAUCCUACGUUUACCGCGCAGCCAUUUCAUAUGCACAAAUUCCCCGUUGUAAGUUUGAAGUUGAAUGUUGGAGCUUUCUCACUGCGGUUUGUGUGUGAAUUUGAACAAACUUGGAUUCUCUCCACAGCAAAACUUAGAGAUUCACAAGAAGAUGGGAAUGAGUGAUGAACAACUUGAAGCGUAUGAGAAACAGGAGCGGGAGGUCUGUGUCUUAAUUCCAUAAGUUCUUUUGCUAACCCUACUCACAGUAAGUCUUUUCAGCGUUGACUGACUGAUGGAAUAACUGAUCGGCUGGCUGGCUAGCUGACUGAUUGACUGUCAGACUGACCAAAUGAUUGGCUGACUGACUGACUGAGUGAAUGAAUGACUUACUGAUUGGAUGGCUGACUAACUGCUGAAGUGGCUGACUGGCUGACCGACUGACUGACUGGUUGACUGACUGACUGACUGACUAACUGAUUGGGUGGUAGACUGACUGACUCGCUGACUGGCUGACUGACUAACUGACUAACUGAUUGGGUGGCAGACUAACUGACUCACUGACUGACCGAUUGAAUGACUCUCUGACUGGCUGACUCAUACUCCACCAAGGAAACCAUUUAUUAUUCAGAGAUGACUUUGUUGUCACAUUCAAAUUUAUAUAACGGUAAACUCGUUGGAGAGCUUUCUAUCAAAAAGAAGUGAAGAGCAAACCGAAGCAACUUGUGAUGGAGGAAUUCGUAAAUCGUGGAAUUGUCAAGAGAAACGGAAACUAAACUGAAGGAAAGGAUCAAUUUAUAACACCCAUCAAGUGUGUUGAAAAGUGGCUUACUUGAAUUCAAGCUGUUUAAAGCACACUAGCUUAUUAUUCAAGUUGUGUCUAAUUUUUUUUCUCCCUAACAGAGUAAGUACCGUGACAGAGCGAGGGAAAGAAGGGAGAAGUAUGGGCAACCGGAAGCACAGAAAGUUCGGCUGCCUUCCAGGCGAAGAGGAGGGGGAGGAGGAGGAGGAAGCAUGUAAGGAAAUACGAGCUUGGCUUCUUGUUGUUCAUGGCUUUAUAUUUAAAUUUACGAUUUCUUUUCUUUUUUCACAGAUCGUUUGAGCCUCCAGCUGAGCGAAUUGGUGGGGAAAAUAUCGGCAAUCAGAUGUUAAAGGUAAUGAGGGAAAAUAAGUUAAAUUUUAAUUACUUAAGACGGGGGGGAGGGGGUGAUUACAUAUUAUGAUGUUUGAGUUUUUAAGCGGAAGUUUAAAAGUAAUUUCUUUGUGAAUGUUUGCAGAGUUUCUCCCUUUUCACGGAGUGAUUUUACAUCGUUGUCUUUUCACUUUUUGGCCCUCAGUAAAAAAAUUAUUAUCUGGCCAUCUUUCCAAAAAUAACUUUAUGGCCCUGUAUAAAGCAUUUACUUUUUGGCAACUGUCACUAAGCAGUACUAAUUUAUUGUUUGUGUUGGAAAUAAGGCCAUGGGCUGGACUGAGGGGAGUGGUCUGGGAAGGGAAGGACAAGGCAUUGUUGAUCCUAUCGAGGUAUGUAUAGUUGAGUUGAGUUGUCAUUUUCCUGCGUUUCUGUUUUGCCGUUAGCGUUACUUAGGAUACUUAAUUUGUGACAGUAUAAAGUAAACUGUUACUUGUAUCACUUUACUUUAGUACUUUCCUCAAGGUCAAGAGGGUAAAUAGCUUCUUAUUAAAGCCGAUUUUUCGAUGAUGUACU